AUGGAUAAACAUUCAAACAUAGAAGAUCUUGAUACUGCAUAUAAAAUCCUACGUACUUAUCGAUAUGAUUCUCAAGACGUAAAAGGAUUCGAGAAAGUACAAGCUGCAUUUGAAUUUUGUCGAUUAACAAUACAAAAGGUGGGUGUUAGCGAAUCAACGAUCGAUACAACCACGCGUUUACAAUCAGUUUUGAAAUCAAAUCGACAAGAGCUUGAACGUAUGCCAUGUAAUCCACCAUUAGCUUCGCAACCAUUCUUUGGACAAUUAAAAGACCUUUUGCUCAAGACGGUAAAAAUAACUGGUCACAAAAACAGUUCAACUAAAGAUGUGAUAUUUCGUUGCUUCUAUUCAAUAUAUUCAAUCUUGGAGACAUUUGACAUUCCAUUUGUAUUCAAUGACAAAUUUUUGUCGGCUCUCAAAGAAUGCUUAACAAGCGUACGAGACAAUCAAUAUUCACCAGAUGAUUUUCGUUAUGCGAUAUUGGCAAUGCUGUUUGACCAAAUUUACACGAUCGAAAAGUUCAAAUCCAGAUAUAUUGAAAUCUAUGAAAAACUUUAUCCAGUCGCUACUCCAUUGAUUUUACAAUGUAUACUAAAUUACUAUGAGCAAGAGCUUAAACGUUUCUACGACGACGACCAAGGACUCACCUCGCGAGUUGAUGGAGAUGCGAAACAUCGUGUAUUUCUAAAUAUAUUUCCUGAAUAUCUACUCAUGGAGGGCAAUGAAAUUCAUCUGCCAACAUUGACGAAACCACAACUAGACACAUUCUGUCAAGCAUUAUUUGGAUGGAGCUAUACAUUAUUUAAUCACUUUUUUAAAAAACAACCCAAAGACUUCACAUUAUCGGUUGUGAUAGUACGGUUCUUGAAAUUAAUGAAUUACUGCAUUCCAUCGAUCUAUUUUCGUCGUUGUGCUCGUCAGAAUCCAGUAUUGGUUGAGAAUCUUUUUCGUUUACUCCAUUUACCAUUGCUUGUUAAAAAUGUAACUGACUACAAUGCACGUUUUGGAUCAAAAGUUGUGGAUAGUACAGUGCCAGAAAAACAUUUUGAAUUAGUUUUAGCUGCUGUUGAAUUACUAUACAAUUUAUCGGUCGAAUCCUGUGUUGUUGAUUAUCUCCGAGGGUUAAGUGACGAAGAAAAGCCAGAAAUUAUUCGUGUGUUACUUAAAAAUUGCAAGAAAAACAACAUGUAUACCGCAAAGUUCCAUUGUGAAACAUUAAUUGCGUUGAUGAACAACGAUAUGGAUCGUUUAGAAGAACCAAAGGAGAUCGCCACCUCGUAUGUUAAUUGUAUUUCAAAAGCAGUGAAAACGGAAAGUCAGUCGUUUCAGAAAGUUCGGUUGAGUGAUACGAUCAUACAUUUAAAAAUCUUUGUACAAAAUGAACAAGUCAAAGCUGAAGUUGUGGCUCAAGACGGUUUAACUCUUUUAACAACCUGUGCGACAGAGACACGAUUCGAUAUGGCUUCCGUUCAAUAUCCCUCGAUGGAAUUAAUAUGGUCGAUCAUCUUUGAUUUGUCAGCUGCUCAACUACUCCGAGCUAAUAAAGUUUUUGUCGAUUAUGUUGUUGAUUUGACCAAAUCAGGUACUGACAAUCCUGAUAAACAUGUGCUAAAACGCGUUGCUGAGGGUAUCGAUUGGCAAAUGAAACAAAAGGUAGUUGAAGAACAGAAACGAAAUGAAGCUGCUAAGCCGGUGAAAUUGAGUGUCUUUGGUGUACCAGUAGACAGCACAGGAAAGCAGAUAACGAAAGAACAGCGUUUAGCUAUGGAGCAAUCAAAAGAUUAUAAAUUUGAUAUGAUGAUCAGUUAUUGUCAUAAAGAUUCGACUUUAUGCACGCAGAUUCACAAACAGUUGAAAAUGGAAACGAAUGCACGUAUUUGGAUCGAUACGGAACAAAUGUAUGGCUCCUUAACGGAACGCAUGUCGGAGGCAAUUGAACAUUCACGAAUUAUUCUUGUUUGCUAUUCGAAUGCGUACAAAGAAAGUCCCAAUUGUCAAGCUGAAUGUACGUACGCGAAUGAUUUGAAACGAAUAAUAAUUCCAUUGAGAAUGGAAGCCAACUAUCGUCCUAAUGGUUGGCUCAAACUUAUUGUUGGAGAUCGUCUUUAUGUCGACUUCGUCAAAUAUGAUUUUGAAAGAGCAUUUGGAGACUUAAUCAGACAAUUAGAAAGAUACGAUAAAAAAUACAAAGAAACGAAAGAAGCACCAAAGCCUGUAAAUGCAUCUAAUUCAAGUUCAGUAGCUCAAUCUCAGAAAAAAGCCAUGGAAGUUAAGAACAAUCCAUCACUACCUGUGACACAAACAGGCAUCAAACAAACGAAUAAAAAAUCAAGUCUUCUCGAUGAAACGUCUGAUACGAUUGAAACCCAAACAAAAUCAAGCACAAAUGAUGGAACUUCCGAUGCUACGUAUGAAAAUAAGCAAGUCUUAGAUUGGACUAACGAAGAUGUUCGUAACUUCUUUCAUGAUAAGCAGAUUGCUGAAAUGCUACAAUUGCUAGAUAGAAAUCCAAACGGACGAGUCCUAUGUGAUUAUUAUCAACAAUUGAUGAACGAGAAUAGUCCAUAUCAAGUAGUUAAAGAAGAAAUGAAGGAAUUACAUGGAAUUUUCUUACCAUAUAGAGCAUUUGUAACGUUCGAUAGAGAAUUACGAGAAAGGAUCUCAACCAAAAGGUGA